AUGGCCGGCGCACGUCCACUCCCCCACCUGCGUCGUUUGAUCUUUCCAUUACUCCAGCCCAGGAGCUUAUCUACUGCGCUGCACUACUCACGCCCCAGCUUGCCUGUCUGGGCCAGUUACUCUUAUGUACUCGUUACCAGACUCCAUGCUUGGGGCCAUUGGCAUAUGCACGUCACCCACGACUCGAUGCACAUGCACACAACUGCCCAUCACCUCGCCUGCCCGCGACAUCAUUGCCCUUUGCUCUGCCUGUCACUUUGCAACCGACCGUUUUGUCCCGAUGCCGCCGACGUGCGCCUUGGGGCCCUUGAUUGCCAUGUCUGCUCCGCUCCCAACCCUGCCCACGAUACCCUCACCGCUCGCCCUUCAGGCAAAACGUCUUGCCCUCCGACCACCGGCAAUGCGCAGCAUCCGGAAUGCUCCGCCAAUCCCAUCUACCGUUCACUCUCUUUUCCCGCCCCAUUCUUUGCCCAUGUCGCUCCCGAGCCGCGGUCAAUUGCCCUCGCCUGCUGGGUUGAGACGGUCGAGAUCUACGCUUGUACUCCGCGCUCCCUCACUGGUCAACUCCGAGGCUGCCUACUUCCGCCCAACCGCGUCAAUUUUCCGACACCUCAGGGUUCCAUGGUUACGAUUACGAGAUCUUUGAUCGCAGAUCUGCAUGUGACAGCAUACGCGAGCGAACCAUGUCUAGCCCAAUGGCAUCGUUUGGCAAGUCGGGCCGCUAUUCUCCGGAUCCAAUCCUCCAUCAUUAUCUGCCUGCUCCGCAGUCGUCGCAUUUGCCGUCUGUCCAGGAUCACCGAGCCAUGUUUACUCACUUACUUACAUCAGCAACCCAAGUACACCGACAGGCCGCUUCUUCACGUCAUGUUGUACCAUCCAGCGGUGUGA